AUGAGGGAUGUUGUUUAUUUGUUCAUCAGUUGGUUAUCGCUUAGUGGUGGCACAAGUUCUAUGGUUCAUAGCAGAGCAGUCUCCUCUGAUUCUACUGGAACUCUUAACAACAAGUGGAACCUCGUCAAAGACAGACAUCGGCAGGCAGAAAAAAACUUUAUCGGUGCCGAGGUAAAACCACAGUUGAAUCAGAGCUCGAGUGAUCCCAACACGGACGGCAUCGCACACGAUUCCGGAUUAUCGAGCGGAAGGCCUGUCAAGUUACAAUCGUCCGCCUCGAAUAGACAAUCAGUGUUCUCGUUCAAACCGAUCUGCUCUCCCGAGUUCUACGUCGUCACGUUAUCCCACGGUACCUGUACUCGUAAAGUAGUCACCAAGAUGUGUUACGGUCACUGUACGAGCUACACGGUGCCAGCAAAACGCGGCCGGACGGGAUUUCAAUCGGACAAGGAGGCUCUGCAUGGCCUCACUAACGUGUGCAACUGCUGUGCAUCACUGCCCAAUAGUAGAACAAGCAGACGAUACGACGUGAUCUGCUUCAUUGCCGGACGGAAAUCCAAGAAGUCGUUUCACGUUCCGCACGUAAACAGGUGCAACUGCAGACCUUGCUAUGUACCUUGAGCUCAUCCGAGAAGAUAGGCAAAUGACUGAUCGAUGAUUGUGCUGUGUAUCGUCAUACAUAGACACUACAGCUUGAUUGUCUAAAUAAACAAGUUGGAAGACGAAAGCCGCGGUAGUUGAAAAAGUAUGGUUUAUAAUAAAUUGUAACUCUCAGGCUGAAAAACGGUCCUAGAUAAGCUUAUGGACGUCGAUUUCACGUUUACGUAUUUUGCAAACUGGUCUGCAGCAGUACAGGUCUAGAUUAAUGUCUAGAGAGUGGUUAGAAUACAUGAAGCUAUAAUGUCUAUGUUACUAUCGGUAUUAUACAUUACUACACGUCCAACAUAUCAAACUACGUCUUCACACAUGCAAGAAGGUUUCAGAGGAAAUCUCUCACCGUUGGCU